AUGGCCUGGAGCCAGUGUCCCACAGCCAGCCAGUCUCAACAGCCAGCCAGUCUCCACAGCCAGCCCAGUCUCACAGCCAGCCAGUCUCCCAGCCAGCCAGCUGCCCUCGCAGCAGGCCUCCACCAACCAGUCUCCCAACCAGUCUCCCAACCAGUCUCCCAGCCAGCCAGCCUCCCACCCCAGUCUCCCAAGCCAGCCAGCAUCCCAGCUAGUCUCCCAGCCAGCCAGUCCUCCCAGCCAGUCUCCCAGCCAGCCAGUCUCCCAGCCAGUCUCUCCACAGCCAGGCUCCCAGCCAGUUCUCCCAGCCAGUCCAUCCCAGUCGCCAGGUCUCCCAGCCAGUCUCCCAGCCCAGUCUCCCAGUCUGCCUCCAUCCAGUACUCGCCAACGCCAUUCUCCAGCCAGUCUCCCAGCCAGCCACACCGGUCCUCCCAGCCAGUCUCCAGCCAGGCCAGUCCUAUCCAGCCAGUCUCCCAGCCAGCCAGCCAGCCAGCCAACCAGUCUCCCAGCCAGUCUUCCAGCCAGUCUCCAUCCAGUUCCCAGCCAGUCUCCCAGCCAGCCAUCUCCCAGCCAGUCUCCCAGCCAGCCAGCCAGUCUCCCAGCCAGUCUCCCAUCCAGUCGUCUCCCAGCCAGUCUCACAGCCAGUCUCCCAGCCAGCCAGCCAGUCUCCCAGCCAGCACCAGUCUCACAGCAGCCAGUCUCACAGCCAGCCAGUCUCACAGCCAGCCAGUCUCCCAGCCAGCCAGUCUCCCGCAGCCAGCUGCCUCAGCAGCCUCCCAACCAGUCUCCACCAGUCUCCACCAGCCAGCCUCAGCCAGUCUCCCAGCCAGCCAGCAUCCAGCUAGUCUCCCAGCCAGCCAGCCCUCCAGCCAGUCUCCGCCAGCCAGUCUCACAGCCAGCCAGUCUCCCAGCCAGCCAGCUGGCCCCUCCCCCAGCCAGCCUCCAACCAUCCCAACCAGUCUCCCAGCCAGCCAGCCUCCAGCCAGUCUCCAGCCAGCCAGUCUCACAGCGCCAGUCUGCACAGCCAGCCAGUCUCCCAGGCCAGCCAGCUGGCCUCCCAGCCAGCCUCCCAACCAGUCUCCCAACCAGUCUCCCAGCAGCAGCCUCCAGCCAGUCUCCCAGCCAGCCAGCAUCCAGCUAGUCUCCCAGCCAGCCAGCCUCCAGCCAGUCUCCAGCCAGCCAGUCUCCCAGCAGUCUCCCAGCCAGCCAGCCAGUCUCCCAGCCAGUCUCCAGCCAGCCUCCAGUCAGCCGUCUCCCAGCCAGUCUCCCAGCCAGUCUCCCAGUCUCUCAUCCAGUAUCCCAGCCGGUCUCCCAGCCAGCCAGCCCAGCCAGCCAGCAGCCAAUCUCCCAUCCAGUCUCCCAGUCUCCCAUCCAGUUCCCAGCCAGUCUCCCAGCCAGCCAACCAGUCUCCCAGCCAGUCUCCUAGCCAGCCUCCCAGCCAGUCUCCCAGCCAGCCAGCCAGCCAGCCAACCAGUCUCCCAGCCAGUCUUCCAGCCAGUCUCCCAUCCAGUUCUCCAGCCAUCUCCCAGCCAUCCAGUCUCCCAUCCAGUUCUCCCAGUCUCCCAUCCAGUCUCCAGCCAGUCUCCCAGCAGCCAGCCAGUCUCCCAGCCAGUCUCCCAUCCAGUCGUCUCCCAGCCAGUCUCACAGCAGUCUCCCAGCCAGCCAGCCAGUCUCCCCAGCCAGCACUUCUCCCAUGCCCCACCCCCAGCUCUCUCCCAGCCUCCACCCCCAGCUCUCUCCAGUCCCACCCUCCCGAGCUCUUCCGCCCCACACCCAGCUCUCAUCCAGCUCUCUCCGCAGUCCACCCAGCUCUCUUCCCAGGCCCACCCCAGCUCUCUCGACAGGCCCAUCCCCAGCUCUCUCCCAGUCCACACGGAAACGCCAGUCUACAUUCCCAGCGCCCCUACAGCUCUCUCCCAGCUCUCUCGUCCAGUCCCACCCAGCUCUCUCCAGCCCACGCCUACAGCUCUCUCAGCUGCUAUUGCCCAGUGCCCACCCCUCAGCUACUCUCCCAGCCCACCAACCCAGCUCUUCUUCCCAAGCUACUCUCGCACCAGUCCCACCCGCAGCUUCUCCCAGGCCCACCCAGCCCAAGGCUUCUCUACAAGCCACAUCUCCCCAGCUUACUCUUCCCCGUUCACCCUACCCCCAGCUCUCUCCCAGCCCCACCCCCCAUCUCUCUCCCACUCUCUCACAGUCCCAUCCCACUCUUCUCCCAGGCCCAUCCCAGCUCUCUCACAGCCCUCCAUCCCCAGCUUCUCCAGGCCCAUCCCCAUGACUCUCUUCCAGUCCACAUCCCAGCUCUCUCACAGCUCCCUCCCCAUGCUUCUCCCCAUCCCUCUAUGCUCUCGUUCUUUCCCACUAGACUCUGCUCUCCAAAGUCUUCCAAUCGGCCAGAGUCUCCCAGGGCCCACAUACCCAGCUUCUCUCCCCAGCCCAUCCCAGCUCUCUCCCAGCCCAUCCCCAGCUCUCUCCCAGCCCCAUCCCCAGCUCUCUCCCGGCCCCUAUCCCCAAGCUCCUCCCAGCCACCUCCAUGUUCUCUCCCAGCCCCCCCGCCUAGCUCUGUAG